GAAGAGCUCCUUGCCCAGCCAAUGGCGCACCAUGUUCAUAACCCGACGGUCAAGGAAUAAGUCUCGAUAACUUUCCCUAUACACUUCCUGCAUCCAGGUAGCCCAUUCAUUCGUUUUCUUAACCGCUGGCGGUGGUGAUGUUCCUGCAUCUUUCUUUAUCUUUAAUUUUUUGGACACUACGUGUCUUUGCCCUCAACAUCUCAGUCCCACGCCAUGGUUCCCAGAAUCGGGAUGUCAUGGUCAACCUGACAUACUCUCCAAGCGACUCUCCGUGCUUCUUUCUGAGAAAGGUCUGGAACAUCCAUGGACAACCACAUUUGUCCAGAAAUGCAGUCAAUAUUACUGGAUUCACCGCCAACGUGUCUACUAAUAUUACAUUUGAACAUGUUGGAACCUUUCGUGUCUUUGCGUUCAAUAUCUCUGACUUGACCAAUUACACCGACUCCUUUUCCCAGUAUAGCAUCGCACAAAGUCAAAGUGUACAUAUUCAAUGGUCUGAGUCACUAGACGACAAGAACGAUGGUCGCAAUAGAAAAGAUCACAAGGAGAGCAAAAACCGGGGCAAUAGGACCUCAGGAAAUUUGGGAACAACGCAAACUGUCAAGGCGGUACCAGUAGCUUCCGCUUCCGCGCUAUCUGAUUCGACCUCGAACUACUCUUCUUCACUCGCAAGAGCAUCGCCAGUGGCUCUAGUUUGGGGUUUCAUUUUAGGACUAUUAUUAGUGACUACACCGUAAUCUAUUUGAAGUGGUUUCCGACUGUACUGGACUCAUGUCCACUCCGAGGUUCGUUAAUUAAACGCGAUAUAAACGCCGGCGGCUUGAUUCAUUAGCUUCUGCCGAUUCCUUGAUGCUUAUUACCCAUUCGAAGGCCAGCAUAUGGAGUUACCGCUUUCUCACGUGUUUAAACGUUGUCAUUCAUCCGAAUCAUUCAUGCACUGCAGCUCUCGACAUUACCUCAGUUGUCGUCUCCCUGGCGAACUGGAUGAAUACUGGAUGAUUACACCACUCAACAC